AGAAGCUUAUCUUGAGGACCACUUCGAACAGAAUUAAGAAAGAGAAAUGCAAAGUUAUCUGGACGUAAAAAGAAAUUAAUCGAGAGACUAGAGGCCUAUGACCGAAACCAGAAUUUCAACAACUGUGAGGACCUUAUGCCAGAAUUUAGAAUGAGCCUUCCAGUGACCAGUGGAUACAAGGACAUCAACAGUGACAUGCAGAUGGCCCCCAUUGACCGCCAGAAAGCCACUGAUUAUCUGAAACGCUUUCAAGUUGAGUUUGAUGAGACUGUAACUGCCCUGUACAAUGACAAAUUUUUAUUGUAUCUUCGACUGUUUUCCUCAGAAAGUCUUGACUUUGUAAAAAGUGCAUGCAGGGCAGAAAUGAAGAAAAAGAUAAAUUAUGUGGUAGACAUUUCAUUUACAAAACAUGGAAUAGUGCACGAGGCUCAGUGUGAAUGUGGAGCAGGCGAGGGUCCCUUUGGACAUUGCAAACAUGUAAGAACUGUUCUGUAUGCAUGCUUGAAAUUUGUUAAAACAGGAGAUGUGAAGGUGGAGUCUUCGUGUACCGAGCAACUUCAGGCAUUCCAUAGAGCCAAGAAACAUACAGGGUCCCCUCUGAAGGCCAGAGAUCUGAACAUGGUUGGGACAAAAUUUGUGACAUUAAGGACUUUGAUCCCCGACCUGUUCAUUUUCGAAAUGCCCCUAAUUAUCAGGACCACUUUUACAACACGUGCAUGAACUUAAAAGGAAUUUCAAAAACGUCAAUUUUUCAGCCUUUGUACCUGCCAAUAUGUAUGCAGUAAACAAUGAUUACGAUUUUUUUGAAAAUACCCAUGAAGAAAACUUUCUCAAGCGGACUCAAAUAACUGAAAUAACAACAGAAGAGUGCUCUGAACUGGAAGUUUUGACUAGGGGACAAAACACAAAUGAUGGCUGGUUUGAGGAACGUGGCAAAAGAAUCCAGUCGUCCAACUACCACAGAAUAUGUAGUGCAACAGAAAAAGCCAAUUUACCCGCACUGGCAUCCACAAUGGUCUCGGGACAAGUUAGCAAACAAAAUGAAGCAAUGCGCCAUGGUUGCAAAUUUGAAAACACUGCAAUUCACAUAUAUGAAAGUGCACGAAACGUUAAAGUUCAGGCGU